UGUUAUGACCUCUUAUGAAAAAGUUCAGCUCGUCCAGUUGAAUGACUAUGGUGAAUCUGAUGCAUCAGAUGCGCGGCAAUUUAAAGUCGAGUUGAAAAUAUGCGAUGAAAGUGUUAAUUUUGUGCUUUCCUCGCAGGGGCAAGUUGCUUAUCAGUUUACUGUUACGACAAAAGGAGAGUACUGCAGAGCAGGGCGAUUGGCUGUGGUGCUGAACUUGAACAAUGCUGCCGUGAAGUUAAAAUUUGCGUCUGAAAAAGACACCGAGAGCUUCCACAGAAUUCUCAAAGGACUGAGAGCUGGUGCUAUAUCGACUGUUUCAAAUAAAGGCGAUGUACCCAACAAGAGUUCAGAUGGAGGAGAAGACAACGAAAUGAAAGACGACAACGUGUUCGAUGCGAGAACAGAGCAGUCGUCUGCUGUGCAAUAUUUCCAGUUCUACGGGUACCUCAGUCAGCAGCAGAACAUGAUGCAAGAUUUCAUCAGGACCUCAACAUACCAACGAGCCAUGCUCAACAACUUACCCGACUUUCACAAUAAAGUCGUUAUAGACGUUGGAGCUGGUUCGGGAAUUCUAAGUUUCUUCGCAGUUCAAGCUGGAGCCAGAAAAGUCUACGCUAUCGAAGCCAGUUCUAUAGCGGAACAAUGUGCGGAGCUCGUCAGAAGUAAUAAUCUGUCCAGCAAAAUAACUGUAAUUCCAGGAAAAGUAGAAGAAGUUGAGGUUCCUGAAAUGGCUGAUGUUUUGAUCUCGGAACCCAUGGGUUACAUGUUGUUCAACGAACGUAUGUUGGAAUCUUACUUACACGCCAAAAAGUUCCUCCGUCCCAAUGGGAAAUUGUUCCCGACACAAGGAGACCUGUUCGUCGCCCCAUUUACAGACGAGUGUUUGUACCAGGAGCAGUUUUCAAAGUCGCAUUUCUGGUACCAGCCUAAUUUCUACGGCGUGGAUUUGUCAUCGCUUCGAGACACCGCAAUUGCCGAGUACUUCCGUCAGCCUAUAGUGGAUACGUUUGACUAUCAGAUCCUAAUGUCUGCCCCUCUGAAGCACCAAACAAAUUUUGCAAUCUGCAGCGAAAUGGAUCUGCACAAUAUCUCGAUUCCGCUGAAUUACGUUGCGACACAAACGGGACAUGUUCAUGGCUUGGCAUUUUGGUUUGACGUGGCGUUUGUGGGAAGUAAACAGACUGUUUGGCUGUCCACAGCCCCGACGGAGUCUUUGACGCAUUGGUAUCAAGUCCGCUGUCUGCUGAAGUGCCCCAUUUUUGUCAAGGAGGGUGAAAUCAUGACAGGAAGAGUGACUCUAGCUGCAAAUUCGAAACAAAGUUACGACGUCGAUAUGGUUUUGAAGAAUACCAGUACCAACUUCGAGUCAACUAACUUCCUCGACCUCAAGAACCCCUUGUUCCGCUACACGGGACAACCUCCACAACCACCUCCGGGAACCCAAAGCCAGACCCAGAGUCCAACCGAGAACUUCUGGGGCAACUUGGCCCAAUCGGGCGUUGCUCAAGUGAAUGGACAAGUACAAAGUGGGCUUCAAAUCGGUCAGAAUAUGAUGCAAAAUGGAUAUAAUGGUGUGAUCAAUCAAGCGAAUAGUGGAGUAUAUGGGGCUGUAAAUGUCCAACCUGGACAGGUUGGAGGCAGAGGAGCAAGUUCACCCACAGCAGCUGUAACAGGAGUUAGGGUCACCGCAACUCAGGGCAUAACAACCGGAGUUGCGAGUAUGACUGUAAAUACAAGACCCCCGAUGGGACAGCAACAGACGUUUCAAAGCAACGUGCCUCCAGGGGUCCAUCCGAACAUGCAAUUCGAUACGAGUGCGUUCGGAGAUUUCAUGAAUCGGUUUCCAAGUCAACCCCAGCAGUUCAUGCAAAACCAGAACUCAGGAUCCGGUGCACAGAAUCACCUCGGCCUGGCUCAAAGCUCACACUGAAUUUAGAUAAGAAGUAUUGAAUAAAAAACCAUAGAAGUACCAGGAUAAGAUAUCUGAUGUACUAGAAUUCAAACAUACUGCCGGUAAUAGGUACUUCAAGUUUGCACCUCAAGUACCUUUUUGAACAGAACCUAACAAAUCUUUCGUCGAAACUUUUGAUUUGAUUAAUUUAUUAGAUGUUUUCUUCCUAAUGUUAAGUUGAUAUGAAAUCAUUUCUCUUUCGUUUUCUAGCCUUGGUGUUUAUUUUCCAUAUUCUAGAAAACCAUUUGACGUUUUGAUUUGUAUUUUUCUUCUGAAGUAAUUGAAUUGUAUGAGAGAUGCCUAGGAAUGAUCACGUGAGAUUCGGCUAGUCCAAUUUAUGAAAAGUGACGCCUUUUUCUUAUGUUGCGAAGUUGUAUUGUAAUUUUCUGUUUUCGCAUUAAUUUAAAACAGACUAUUCUUUCAA